GCGGUUUGUUGCGUUCGAAUUUUUAUUCAAACAUGGAUCGUAUAUUAAAUGGGCCGGAUUUUAUAACACCGAUUCCAUUGGUUUCAAUUGGAAUAAGAUUAUUUGAAAAAUUAAAAGAAAAAGAAGACGAUGUUUUAUACGUUGAUGUUUCAAAAGAUACUAAACUUACAAACAAAGAAUUUUUAAUUUUAUGCUGUAAAUUAGCGGAAAGUCUUCGAAAUUGUGGGUUUAAACAAAACGACGUUUUAGCUAUUUCCGCUGAAAAUAGUAUUUAUUAUAAUGUUCCCACAGUUGCUGGUUUAUUUCUUGGGAUGAUUACAGGAUUUAUUAACCAAAAUUACACUAAAAAUGAAUUUUUACACCUUUUGAAUAUAUACCAACCAAAAAUCAUUUUUAUGUCUUCAAAAUUACUCCAAUUCUUUGAAUCAUCCGAUUCAAUAAAAAUCGUAAUUUUAGAUGAAGAAGAAAUUCCAGGUUAUGAUAACCUAAAUAUGUUUAUUAAAAAAUAUUGCGAACCUAAUUUUCUCAUCAAAAAUUUUAAACCUGUUGAUGUAAAUACUAUUGAGCAACUUGCGUUUAUUGCAUCUUCUUCUGGUACCACUGGUUUAUCAAAAGCUGUUAUGAUAACUCAUGAUAACACAGCAAUAAGAGUGAAUCACAUAAGUGACCCAAGAUUUUCUUUAGCAAAAAAAGAAGUUGUUUUAUUAGUAGUACCAAAUUUUCACGUUUUUGGUAUAUUAGUUAGUAUUUGUGGAAUUAUCAAUGGCAAUAAACUGGUUAUAAUGCAAAGAUUUGACGAAGAAACCUACCUAAAAUCCAUCGAAAAAUAUAAAAUAACAAAUUUACCCAUCGUUCCAACGAUAAUUUACAGGUUAGUUAAAAGUUGUAUUCUUAAAGAUUAUAAUGUCUCAACGGUCGAGGAAAUUCUUUGUGGGAGUACACCACUAAGUGAAAGCGUCGAAAAAGAAUUCAUCAAAUUAUUUCCGAAUUUACAAAGUUUUCGUCAAAUUUAUGGUUUAACUGAAUCAACGUUUGGGAUUACUGUAAUGCCAACGGGAGAGACAAAAGUUGGAUCAUCGGGGAAAAUCGUUCCUGGAAUGUCGCUUUGUAUUUGCGAUGAAUUUGGUAAUCGCUUAGGUCCUAAUCAACGAGGAGAAAUUAAUUUAAAAGGUAGAAUGGUAACUAAAGGUUAUUAUCGUAACCCAAAAGCAACAAAAACCACUUUUAUCGACGGUUGGUUACACACCGGAGAUGUUGGUUAUUACGAUGAAGAAGGUUUCGUUUUUAUCGUCGAUAGACUCAAAGAUUUGAUUAAAUACAAAGGGUUUCAAGUUCCACCAGCUGAAGUAGAAGGAAUUUUAAUAUCUCAUCCAAAUGUUAAAGCAGCUUGUGUUGUUGGUAAACCAGAUGAAUUUGCUGGGGAGUUACCAACUGGUUUCGUGGUUAAACAACCAAAUUCAAAUGUAACUGAAGAGGAAUUGAUUCAAUUCGUAGCUGAACGAAUUUCAAAAACGAAACAUUUACAUGGAGGAAUUUAUUUUUGGGAUGAGUUACCACUUACAGCUAGUGGCAAAAUUCAAAGACACAUCCUGAGGGAUUCCUUCAAAUAAUUAUAUAGUAUUGAUUAUAAAAUGUAAUGUGGCAUGAUGAAAAUAGAAGUUUUGAAAA